UAAAAAUUAAAAAUCCCGUUCCUUUACCGGAAGUCAGCAGCAGGUGCUACCGGAAGUUCCCAGUACCUUUUGCAGAAUAAUUCUAACGAGCUAAAGGCGUUUCUUCUUCAAUCCGUUCAGCUCUAUUCUGAAGGUUGAAUUUCACCGUCAGCCGAAAUGAGCACCGCCGUUCCCAACCAUAGAAGGACCAAGCCUGGUGGGAUAAAGCCGGGGGCCGCCAACAGUGGCGUCACCGGACCGACCUCCCAGAUCCCCGGCCUGUGCCAGAGCGCCACCGAUAGCGCGCCGGCGGAGCGGGUCAGUGGACGAAGAGUGGGCAUUUUCGAGAGCGACUCGGACUACGUGAAGCUGGCGAAGCAGGGGGGGCACAAAGGACUGCUGAGUCACGACGGGGACGACGAUGACAAACCCAAGAAAGCGUACAACCCGCCCAACUGGUUUGGAGAUGACGAGUCCAAAAGCGACAGUAAAGCAACAUCUCCUAACAGCCAGACCAAGGGGGAGCGGCGGCCUCUGGCUGCUCCGUUUGGCACUGAUAACAGUCCCACCUGGGAAAGAGAGCCUGAUAGGUUUUCCAAUAAUAAAGAUCAGGCAUCUCCAGAUGGAGCCGCGGAUCACAUGGAGGGUUUGUCAUUAGGCAGCAAAUACAAGAGAAGGUCUUACGAUAAGAAGACUCCCCCGGUCAGCAUGUCCAAGCUGCUGAGUCAUGGUUACAUGGAGAAUAAGAAGAAGUCCUCCAACGACGACGACACUUCAAGCGUGACGUCAGAACAUACCAGCACCACCAUGACGGAAGACGUGGACGACCUGGAGUAACCCCGUCAGGUUCCCAGUCUGCAAGGACGGACGGGGUCUUGACCGCCUCUUCCAGUUCACUCACAGUUAUCGUGCACCCACUGACUGUUAGGUUUUGUACUCAUGUUUAUGCAAAGGUACCACCCUGUAUUUAUUUGCUUCAUGUUUUUCAAAAAAAGGUGAUUUUUGUGGGUCGCAAACCAACAAGUCUCAGCUCCUCCGUAGUGGCGUUCAGAUCAAGUUAGUGACGUUCUGAAAGUGUUAGUGCUCAUGUGUUGUGUUUACAGUGUGGUGAAGUAUUAUUUGUUUUCGACCAAGCGCUCCUGCCGCUGCGAUCACACGACGCCCAGAGCCGCCACCAUUCGUUUACCGACAGAGGGGCCAAAUAUGAUUUGCUGUUUACCCUGCAAGUACAUAAAAAAAUAGUCAAAAGUGCCAAACAACAGCAGAGUACUUGAUCCAAACGUUUACAUGCAAGUAUUUCUUUUGUGUUCAUGUUUACUGAAAAAAAACACUGAAAUAUUAAUUUAUUUUACACAAAGUUGAUCACUUUUACAUUCUUUUCAUCUUUUUUGAUGCAUAAAUCGGAACGCGACCAAUAAAAUUCCAAUAGAACUGCUAAAACAUUCCGCAUUGCUAUCCUUGUGUUUUAAGCUAAUGCUACUUUGCGACGCGAGUCGAAUGUACCACGUUAAAGUACGGGUUUGUUUUUAUGUUAAGUAUUCAGGUCCAGUCGGUAGCUUACGUCCAGCCUGUAGUGGAAACUUUUAGUAGCUCGACUUUGCAAAGUCAUGUGACUUGUUUAGCUUUUUUUAAUUUUUCAUUUUUUUUCGCCCCUCUUUGAGUGUUGAUGGUUUUUAGACAAAAACGGUUGUUCAACGGAGGAUUCCUGGAGAGUUUGUGUUGAGGAGAAAUCCGACCGACCGGGCUCAUUGACGGGACCCUGCUUAUGUCGACGACUGCUUGCAGAUUCUGAGUCACUAUAUGAAUAAAUGGGCAUGUGCAUGUA